AUGGAGGAGUACGAGGUGCGAUCCAAACAGGUGAUCAAACUUUUGGAAGGCCUGUCUGAGAACAGGGCCAAGAAGGUAUUGAUCGCCUUCUGUCAUGAUGUGAUCAAUGCCGAGAUGUCAAGACUACAACCAUCAUCAUCAUCAAAGGCAGUGUCCUCCAACAACAAUGCAGCGGUGGCAGUCGAGCCAACAACUCCAUUCUUGAUCGACCUCUGCUCAGCCCAUGUCCAGAGAUCAUUACUCACAGGUAUGUGUUUCCAGGCUCCAUGGACUCCAAUCAGCUGA